CUCCAAUAAGGCAAACGAAGACGCGAGAGAAAGAGGCGGCUACACGCAGCAAGCAAAGCACCCCCCAAAUCCCCAAUCCCCAAACCCUAGGCGAGCUUCGUCGCGGCGGCGAUGGCGGCGGCGGGCCUGCGGAAGGGGAACGCGCGCCUCCCUCCGGAGGUGAACCGGGUGCUGUACGUGCGGAACCUGCCGUUCAACAUCUCGAGCGAGGAGAUGUACGACAUCUUCGGCAAGUACGGCGCGAUCCGGCAGAUCCGGCUGGGCAACGCCAAGGACACGCGAGGCACCGCCUACGUUGUCUACGAGGACAUCUACGACGCCAAGAACGCCGUCGACCACCUCUCCGGCUUCAACGUCGCCAACCGCUACCUCAUCGUGCUCUACUACCAGCCAGCGAAGAUGUCCAAGAAGUCGGAUGUCAAGAAGAAGGAGGACGAGAUCACCAGGCUCCAGGAGAAGUACGGAAUAGGGUCCAAGACACCCGGCCCUGGCUCCAGCGACUGAGCGGCCAGGAUGAGUGACUGGAAAAUGUUCAGACGCCUUUGCAAGGUUUUGAGCCAAAAGUGUGUUUCUGUGCACUUAAUCAACUUCUGCGGAUAUCAUCAGUUGAGGGUUAGUCAGAAUUUGUAGAUUUCAUCAGUCCAGUGCAAAAAUGAUGAUUUUGUUGAUUAGUUCAUGGCGUCGCUUUUCAGUCAGCGAAGUAAAUUGUAGGGUGUAUUAUAAUUGAUGUAUUGGUCAUAUCAUUCAAUCCUGCUGAGUAGCUUUUGUUGUGGUGAUUAUGGAUCACUAUCAGGCGUCACUUAUCGAACAGUUUGCGUCACGUGUGAUGUGGAGUUAACAUUCACUGUUAUAUAUCUGUAAUUUUGUAAUACUCUAAGAUUGUGCUAUGGCAGUCGAUUAUAUAUCUGUAAUUUUGUAAUACUGUAAGAUUGUGCUAUGGCAAUCGAUGUGACUUCCUUACCGCUUUCAGAA